CGCGCCCGCUCGCGCCGCGCCUCGGGCCGCCUGGGCCGCCGCUGCCGCGUCCAUGACCGCGACCCCCGGGCCGGGGACUCCUGCCGCCGCCGCCACCACCGGCCCUCGGCCCUGUCGCCGCUCGCCGCCCGCGCCCAUUGAGAAAGACGGGACCGACGCCGGUGUGGUGACAAUGGCCGUGACCGUGGAGGGAGCUCCGUGGCUGGGCUGGACGGUCGCGAAGGCGCUGAUGAGGUUUGCCUUCAUGGUGGCCAACAACCUGGUGGCCAUCCCGUCCUACAUCUGCUAUGUGAUCAUGCUGCAGCCCCUCCGCGUGCUGGACAGGAAGCGCUUCUGGUACAUCGAAGGACUCAUGUACAAAUGGCUCUUAGGGAUGGUGGCUUCCUGGGGAUGGUAUGCCGGGUACACAGUGAUGGAAUGGGGGGAAGAUGUUAAAGCAAUCUCUAAUGACGAAGCAGUGAUGUUGGUGAACCACCAGGCAACAGGAGACGUGUGCACGCUGAUGAUGUGCCUGCAGGACAAAGGACCAGCUGUUGCUCAGAUGAUGUGGCUGAUGGAUCACAUCUUCAAGUACACAAACUUUGGAAUUGUUUCCCUGAUUCAUGGGGACUUCUUUAUCAGACAGGGAAGAUCCUACCGUGACCAACAGCUGCUGGUUCUCAAGAAGCACCUAGAACAGAAUUACAGAAGCAGAGAUCGAAAGUGGAUUGUUUUAUUUCCUGAAGGGGGCUUCCUCAGGAAGAGGAGAGAAACAAGCCAGGCAUUUGCCAAGAAAAAUAACUUGCCAUUUCUUACACAUGUCACUUUGCCGAGGUUUGGGGCAACAAACAUUAUCCUGAAUGCCCUUGUAGCAAGGCAGGAAAAUGGAAGCCCAGCAGGAGGAGAUGCUAGAGGGUUAGAUUGCAAACCAAGAGGCCUCCAGUGGAUAAUAGAUACAACCAUAGCUUAUCCCAAUGCUGAGCCAAUAGAUAUUCAGACCUGGAUCCUUGGGUACAGAAAACCAACAGUCACUCAUGUCCAUUACAGGAUGUUUCCAAUUAAAGAUGUGCCCCUGGAGACUGAUGGCCUUGCCAGUUGGCUCUACCAGCGGUUUAUCGAAAAGGAGGCCCUCUUGUCACAUUUCUACAAAACAGGAGCCUUUCCUCCUGCCCAGGGCCAGAAGGAGGCUGUUUCCAGGGAGAUGGCCCUCAGCAACAUGUGGAUAUUCCUCAUCCAGUCCUUCGCGUUUUUGUCAGGCUAUCUGUGGUACCACAUCAUCCAGUAUUUUUACCAUUGCCUAUUUUAGGAACUGACUUGGACUUGCCACAUAGGAGUUCAGACUUCAUACAUGUGCGUUAUUUUACAUGUGCAAAUCUAAAUAUACAAAUCAAAAUAUAUAAAAAGCAAAGGAAAUUCAGAUGGAUGGAUUACUGUUUGUCCCCCUUUGGGAUAUUUUAAAACUGCUUCAAAGAGGAUCAGUAAUGCAAUGAUGUGCUAAUAUAUUUUAAGAACUUUUUGUGUUUUAAAGAGAUACACUCUACCAUAUGUUUCUGCAAGCAUCACACUGGGAGAAGAGGAAAUCAUAAAAUCAUCCUAGAAGACUCCAAAAGAAACUGUCACCACCAGAUGCCCUUGGUCACGCCCCAUCCAGAAGCUGUGUUCCUCUUUACUAGGGCAGAGUGUCACAACAUUGAUGUGCCCACCCACCACGCUGAGGUACUGCUCUCCUUGGAGAGCUGGCGCGCGGGCCUGAGGAGUGGUCUCCUUACCUAGCAAGCUGCAGUCCUCAACCCUGACUGAGGUGUGGUGUUGGCUUUCUGUGAGGAGCGUGUCCACUGUCCACUGGCAGCACUGUGUCCCUGGAAAGGCCAGAGUAGCCCAGCACCGUGUUUACAUGUGCUAGUGCUUUCCCUUCUGUCGGGAAAGGGAAAACACCACUUUCUUUUUCUGUAUAGAAGGCGCAUCAUAGAAUGGUAAUUGUAUUUUAUAAAAUGCACUUUUAUCAGAUGCAAACAUAGCAAGGAUAGCAGAGUAGUCUGAAACAAGGGAAGCCCACCGUGGGCAGGCUCCCAGGACGCUUCCUGUCUGUCUGCUCGCCGUGAUGUGCUCCAGCACCACCUUCAGUGGUCACCGCCCCCUGUUCUGACAUAGGACCACCAAAUGCAUUUGGGGGUAGUUAAUGUAAGCAUUUAAAUGACCAGCUUAAGGGAAAUAGACUAGCUUAUUAGGAAAUAAAAGGUAGAACCAGACAUUGGCUUGCAGUAUUGACAAAGCCUCCUGUGGCCCCCAGAAUCUGUGCAGACAUCAGUUUGUUCUGUCAUUAUGUCAAGUGGCUGCCCUUCUCAGGGUGGCAGGACCAGGAGACAGCAGCUCACUACGCUUCCCAGUCUCUCCCAGUUGUUUUUGAAGAGGACAAAGUCAAGCAAGUUUUUCUUCAUUUCUAGAAAACUUUAAACAAUUGUCAUUGUGUUCAUGUGAUUACCUCAUAGGAGAACCAAAUGUUGUAAGAGGUACAGGCACCGCAUCAGUACUGGCACAGUAAAAUUCCCAAGCUGGGGUAUGUCAACAGUAGUUUUCUGUGGCAUGAACACUGUAGAUUCCCCUGUUGUUACUAACAACACAAAUAACAAUUCUGAGAAAUAGACAGUAAAACAAAAAUUAAAGUCUCUUUUCUGUUUUCAAAUAAACCAAAAAAAGGAAAAGAUGUGGAUUUUCCCCAGUUGUACAGGAAAGGUUGACCAACACCAAAUAAAAGCCCAUAGCAGCUUCAUCUUUAGCAAACCCAGAGCAUGUGUGGAAGAGAAUGGCAUGUUACUGACAUACCUCACUAGUACCCACUGCUGCUAAGCUGCAGAGGACACUGGGUUUGCUAGCAGUUGUUAUGAAACACAGCUGUCUUGGGACCUAAGCAUUUACUCUGGUUUGCAGGGAUAGUGAAUGGUGAAGAGAGCAGUCUCAACCGAGAAACGAUGGGCAGCCAGGGAGAAGCCAUUCGGUGCCUCUGCUUGAGGCUCAGGAAAAACUAUUCCGGUGCAGGAUGGAUUGAAUUGAGACGUUAAUUGGCCUUGUAGGGAGAAGUUGCUCACUGUCCAGUGUAGCAUGCGGUCCUAGCUAGCAGACCAUUUCCUCAUUGCAAAGCAAGCCAGUUCCCACAUGGGUCUUUAUAUAUCCCUACACACAGGCAGAAAUGUACCAUACUGUGCUCCAAAGUAAUGUGAUCGCUGAGUAUACUGUACAUGUCAACCCACUCCCCUAAGAUGUGUUACUUCCAAAUGCAGUUUCAUUUCCACCGUCUCCAGAGUGACAAAUGGCUAUAGAUUUGUGAGCUAACUUUUGGUAAUAGACGUGAGCUGUAAAUAGACAUGUACUUGAUCUGUCCUACACUCUUCAGCUCUUUCAACAUGUCUUCUGCGUGCAGACUGUGUUUGAGAGUAUUGACAGCGCUCCCUUAUCAGUAACUGGGGUCCACCUGCUUGUCCUAGGAGUGUGAGGAGAGAGUAACUGUUCUUCAUGGCAGCCUGGGGAAGCCGCAGUAUGCCACUGUAGAGGACUGAAUGAAAUUCCCCGUUUGUACUGAGUAUGUAAGGUGGGAUCGAGGAAGCCAAUGUGUUAAGUCAGGGAAGAGAUUACAGCUAUGGCAGUUGACACCGACUUUUUCCCUCAGCUGGACUGCCUGGCUUCCUGCAAAUAGGCUCGGCGACUCACUGCUAUAGUCCUUGGACCACAAGGAAGACCAGGCAGUUCACCCCACCCAGCUUCAGAAAUACGCACACGACAGAGAAGCCUGUAAGCAGUGGAAGCCAAGAACAGCCAGGACGGAAUGAAGCUUGAAUGGAUAUACAAGUUAGAGGAGAAUUUAAUAAAGUAUGAAAAGGAUAGCUGUAGAUUCAUCUGCCAUGUUUUAGUUUUUGGUAUUACGACUCUUAAAAUUCCUACAGCAAGAAACUAGGGAUUGCUGAAUAGGUAGUCGAUUACAGGGUAGUUAAUCCAGUAUUAAGUCAUAGGAAGCCAAAAAUUAAAUCUUGUGUGGGAAUUUCAGACAGUCAACAGGGAGGGGACGCACCGAAACCAGCAUGGCCAUGGCUGCAAGGGCAGCCCCGAGCAAGACGGUUGGCGCAGCACGGGCUGCUCCAGAGAUGGAGCCCUCAGUCACCAGGGCUGCCCUCUGAUGUGGUCGGAAUGCCGCUUCAUUCAUGGCCGUGGGUGGUGCUCCCUUCUCUUUAACUUGUCUUAGUGAUGUGUUUUGACAAUCGGUAGACUAAAGACUCCUUAUCAGCUUGGUCCUGGGUAUAGUCACAGAAAGUAGUCUUUGAUUGUAGGCAGUCUUCUGUAUCCCGUUUAUAUUUUGUUUGCACUACUGAAUGGGAGGGGUUAACUGACGUUUUUGUGGUUUUUCAUCCUUUUCUGUGAAGUUCCUGCACAAUAGUAAACGCAGAUUUCUCUCCAGAGUUAUUACAAAAAGUGUAUCAGCGCUGUCCACAAAGGGUGGGUGAUAACAGUGUCUUCUAUGGGAUUUUUGCCCUGCGAGUGCUGUGAGCCUUCUGUCUGCAGGCAGGAGGGUCAAAGGAGCUCUGGGCCACAGGUAUGCUAGCUCAUGUCGUGAUGGGUAGAGACUAGUGUGUUUGGGACCAAAACCACCUAAGUUGGAAAUUUCUGGAUCACAAAGGAGCCUGGCAUACUCUGAAGCAGUCACUGGUUGGUGCUGUCUGGCAGCCAUGUUGCGUCAGCCCUCCGUAAUCACGAAGUAGGCUCUGAGAAUAUGCUGCGGGUUCUGAGCUGGAGGGGACAAUGGCCACAGUCAGGUGAAAGAUACAGUCUGAGGCUUUCUGCAGAAAUCCCAUCCGAGGGUUUUUACAUUUAAUAUUUUUUUUAAAGUCUAAGGAGCAAAAAAUGUAUGUGUAUUAUAGUUGCAAAGUGUGCAAACGCUUUGGAUGACUCAGUGUGUAAACUGUUGAACACGACCGGGGUGCGCACUCCUUACAAGCAAGGAGACCGUGCACUUCACGCUACCCUCGCGAUUCGGUAAUGAGACAGUUCUACAUCCAACUGCCAUUAUUUGUGUUAAGUGCUUUCUCUUUCUUUCCAAUUAUUACCAAGUUGUAUUUAUUUUCUACGGAUGGAUUUUUGUUUUCAUGAUGCUGUAAUGUUUCCUUCAGCUUGUUGAGCUUUUCUGCAUGUCACAGUGUGUGUUUUAAGGAUGACUGUAAAGGCUGUGGCAACUGUCAUUCACUUUUGUAAAGGGCUGGUCACACAUGGAUCUGGUUUCUGAUGCAUUGGAUGAUUUUACCAGAUCACCUUUUCAGAAAUUUAGACAUUGUGAAUACCAAAAGAAACAUUUUCUCAGCAAAAAUUAAUAGCUGGUUCUAUUUUUUUUAAUGUAGAGAAAAUAAAGUUGAUUUUUUUUCCCAAAACAAUGCUUUAAUUCUUAAUAGUGGGAUGGGUGUCUGUGCUGUCCUGGAGUCCCCAGCACUUAAUGCUGCAGCGGGUGCCUGGAGCUCAGCGUUGAGUGACCGGUGAGAAAGCCGUCGGUUCCUUCCAGGACUGCGGUGGUCCGUCCUCAGUCUUCUCAUUUCUGCGUGUGUGCUGCCAAAGGGUUGGCAGUCCUCUCUCUUGGAAAAAAUUGUGCAAGUGCACACACAUAUGUGAUACAUUUUGCUGAUGACAGAUAUGUAAAGCAAUUAGCAAAUGAUAAAAUGUAAAUAUUUGAUUUUUAUAAUUGUCAUUGUUGAACCCUCAGAGCCAGCCUGAUUAUAUCAACCAUGAUUUGAUUGAUGGCAUUAUGUCCUGAUAUACUAACCAUCUCCACAUACAUACACUAUCAUUUAGUCUAGUGUACGACUUACUGCUAAACUCUUACCCUUGUAGCUUCAGCAUUAAUUGGGAGUUUAGAUAAUUUAUGUUUAAUUAUAUCAGCACCAUAAAAUGAAAUGAUCAGAAGCCAGGUGGUGGUGGCACACACCUUUAAUCCCAACACUUGGGAGGCAGAGGCAGGCAGAUCUCUGUGAGCGCAAGGCCAGCGUGGUCUACAGAGUGAGUUCCAGGACAGCCAGGACUUUUACACAGAGAAACCUGUCUCAAAAAGACCAAAGACAAAAGCAAAUGAAAUGAUCAGCUCUUGGAGGCAAGUCUGAGCUACCUUCAUCACACCACUGUCCUGGUCUUUUGAUGUUUGGAUUUGAUUUAGCUAUUAGCAUUGAAUAAAAUUCAUAGAGGUGAUUUUCUCAUUGGUCCAAGAAAAAUCCUAUCAUUGACCCUUGCAGGUUUCAAAGUAUGGGGAAGAGGCCGGAAAUUAGCUUUAGAUUGUGGGGAGUCUGCUGACAGCAGGGUUUUCAGGGAGCACAGUGGCCAGGUCUCUUUGUUUCCCAGAGCUGUGGAAAUGUGGUCUGCCUGUCCCAAGAAAUGUUUUUUUCUUUUCUUUUCUUUUCUUUUCUUUUCUUUUCUUUUCUUUUUAACAUUAAGAGCAUUGAUGGUUUAGUUUCUUGUUUGUGAAAUACCUUCGACCCCAUUGAAAACUUUUAAUGUGUUAAAAUAUCUCGCACAAUCCUACCAAAUAAGUUAAAUAGUUAUGGUUCAGUCUACCUCUUCUUUUCCUGGCUGGAUUUAGGCUGCUGGUUGGGUGGGGCUACAGUUUUAUUUCCCCUCUGAAGUACUUUACGUGGAAGACAACAGAUUAGGGGGCUGAGGCCUGAAAGCAGAUUAGAGGCUCUUUGAGAUCUGUUGCUGACCAGCCCUGUUCCUCAUGAGUUGGGGGGAAAGCCAUUGUUUUUAAUUCCCACUUAAUAUGAAAAUGUUUGUUUUAAAAAAAUUGUUUCUUGCUGGUGAAAAAUGUAUUUUUAAAAGGAAAAACCAAAUCCUCUUUUGGUCUGAGGAUUCAGCUGUAUGAGCAGGUGUGACCGUAUCAUAACAUGCUGAUGUCAUAGAAAUCAAUAAAUUUUUACCUCUCAGGA